UAUUUGUAUCGCCAUUUCAUUUCUGUCAUGAGAUGGAGAAAAUAUGUAAAGUUGUAAAGUGAGAUAGAUAUAAAAUAAUUUAAUCUUUAAAAGUGGAUUAAGUGAAUUGUUAAACUUUAUUAAUUUCAAUUGCACAUGAAAUAAAACAGGUAUUAUUUGAAUAAAAAAAUGAUAUAAGGUGAUCAUUAGUUUCCUGUGAAGCAGUGUUAUAAGUCAAGAUGUUUACCACUAACGCUGUGCAAACCGGCACUGUGCCGACUCUGCAGUACCAAGAGCAUCCGGCUCAGAAAGUGCAGGCUAAGAGCAUAGAGGCUGUUCAACAGAAAAAUGCACAGCAGACACAGCAAGGCCAACAACAACAGCAGGAAUUUCCUACGUUUUGUUACACAACCAAUGUCAAUAUGCUCAGCAAGAUUGGUACAGGUACAACCACUGGAGCUGGAGGAGUAGCAGGCAGUGUGAACAUUGCACAAUUAACUACAAGUGACGAUAAGACUUGUUACAUAGCACAACCAUUCUCAUAUAACUAUGCCCUGGUCAAUCAAAUGCAGAUUGCCCCAAAUGGCAUACAAAACACUAUAUCUAAUAUCAGCUUCAAAUGUGAUGUGUGUGGACUUAUGUUUGGUCACCUUAGUUUACUCAAUGCUCAUAAGCGAAUUCAUGCACAGGACACAGAUAGCAAUAUCACAGUGGUGGCAACAGGAGUUAGUGCUAAUAAUGAAGUUGCAAUGCCUCCUCACAUCCAGAUCAUGUCUUCCGACCCCAAUGAACAACAACAGCACCAUGUACAGAUACAGGACACUAAACCAGUGAUUAUUGACAAAGUUCAAAAGUGUAUCACUUGUGGAGGACCAAUAGCAAAUAAUCCUAAGAGAAAAGGACCAAAACUUAUUCGUUGUGAGAAUUGCAUUGCUCAAGACACUGUGGAUCCUAGAAGUAGUCAAAUGAAUUCCUCACAGAUAUUUGUUGCAACAGAGGAAAAUGUGAAAUUUGAAGUGAGUGGCGUGAGUGCAGGCCAGCCUACAACUGAUCCCCUGGGACCUACACAGACUAACCAACAAACACAGCAGCAGCAACAACAACAACAAAAACCUUUACCUGGCCAUCAUCCUGUGAAAAAAAGAAACUUAGCAUCAGUUACAAAAUGUCAGAAUUGUAAUGGUUCAGGAAUAAUAUUUGUUGGAGGAAAUAAAAAUAAAAUUAACCAAUCAAAUGUUGACAAGCCUUUUCACUGUAACAUUUGUGGCGGAUCAUUCUCUAGGUACUCUUCCCUGUGGUCACAUAAAAAACUGCAUUCAGGAGAGAAAAACUUCAAAUGUGGCAUCUGUGGUAUUGCUUUUGCAAAAGCUGUGUAUCUUAAAAACCAUUCUCGUAUACAUACUGGAGAGAAGCCGUACAGAUGUAAUACAUGUGGAAUGCAAUUUUCACAGUCGCCACAUUUAAAAAAUCACGAAAGAACACAUUCUGGAGAAAAACCAUAUGUUUGCGAGGUUUGUGACAAGGGUUUUGCAAGACAUGCAACAUUAUGGAAUCACCGACGCAUACACACGGGAGAGAAACCUUACAAAUGUGAAACAUGCGGGUCGGCGUUCAGUCAAGCAGCGCACCUUAAGAAUCACGCCAAAGUGCACUCCGGAGAGAAACCUUUCAAGUGCGACAUCUGUACGGCCGCAUUCGCUGACCGAUUCGCCCUCAAGAGGCAUCGGGGCAUACACGAUAAAUAUGGUCAAACUACACCUCUAGCUAGCCAAACAACUCAGAAAGCUAACAGUGAACAGCAGAAUGCGCAACCGGCAGUCGAGGUGGAACAACAAGCACUCUGAGUGUAGGGAUAUUUUUAAUUUCGUGCACCCCUUCAAAGCUAGGCUUAUCUGAAAUUACUGAACAUCCAUAGAAUAAGAGAUUUUGCAUUCAAAUUCGGAAAGGAAACCUAACCGUCCUAAAUUAUUAAUUUACUGUCACAAUAAAUUUUAAAUUACACUACAAUAUUUGUGUGUACAUCAAUUUUAUAGUACCUACCUAAAUUGUACGUGUCAAAAGCAACCUCUUAAAAUGGUAUUUCAGAUACAAAAUGAAUGCGGCCUUUUGUCCGAAUUUUAGACAUAAACAUGAAAGUACAUUGCAGUAUAAUAAUAUUCAAUAAUACUCCAUACAUUAUGUACUACUCAAAAAUAGGAAGCCAGAUAUGGCUUCCUAUUUUUUCUAUUCCUUCUAAAUAAAGGAGUAAACACAAGGUCUUAAUUAACACUGCCAUUAUUAAUUUAUUAUUAGCCCAUGUGGUAUUUGUCAGUAUAGGUACAUACAUGUUUUAAUGGCCUUAUUUAAUAUCAUUUUCAAAGUAAAUCCUGAUUGGCUGUGGAACUAACAUUUUUGUAUGCAUUUUUGUUUAUUUACAUGACCAAAUAGUCCUAAAGAUAAAUUGGAAAUUAUAUGCAAAAUAAAACUAUAACGAAGUGACCAGUUUCCUAACAAGAAAUAUUCUAUACUAUUUUUCUUCAAGCUUUUAAAUUAAUUAAUUUAAAUUUUGUACAGGCGUCGACCGCCACUGCAGACUUAAUUGAAUGGUCGUUGAUUCGGAUCUCCUGUACUCCUGUGUAUAAUUAAUUAUUCAUAAAGUAUAAAGUUUCGUAAACUAUCGCUUCAGGAAAUGUCCUUUUCCACUGACCACUCAAAUGUGUUGGCAAAUUAGUAAGAUCGUCUACAUAAAAUCUUCGUCUACUAUUUAUUAUCUGAUUGAAGAGUCACGCGAUAGGUCACGAUAGAACUUUAAACGUGUUUUUACAGAUCUGUAUUGAGAUAAAUGUAGUAAAAUGAGAAAGAACCAGUAACUAACGCUAGUCCAUAGUCCAAUACUGAGAAGGCGCGUGAUAAAGAAAAGUAAUAAACAAUUACUGCAUGUUUCCUGACAUCUUGAUGGAUAUUUUGGUCUGUAAAUUUCAAACAUCCUGUUGUAAUUUUUUACACUUGUAAAUAUUAGAUUAAUUUACCGUAGCAGCCUAUGUGAUUUAGUAUCAUAGCAUAUCUAUAUACUAAGUUAACUAAAAAGUUUUGUUAUUUAUGAUAAUGAAAUUAAGGUUUGAAUUUAUUACAAAUUACUAGCCUAUCUAAUCAAGAAAGCAUCAAUAAGAUGAAAUUUUGUAAGGUAGUUGUAAAUUUAUAAUAAAAAUAUUAGAAAUAUAGCGAAAUUUGUCUAAACUGUAAA